UAUUAGCAACACGUAUAUUCACAGCCGCACGGAGUUGGGCAAGCACAGUCGCGGGUGACCUUGCCUUUGAGCUGUUGUGUGUAUUGGCAGCUUGGCGAAAUAAUUAAAGACUCAUACGAAAUCACCCAUCCCAUCAACAUGGAGAUCUUGGGCCUCGUGGACGUCCCGUUAUUUGUCCUUCUAACCCUGGCGGUGGCCGUGCUGAUCUAUAUACAUGGAACCUGGAACUUCAAUUACUUCAAGAAACAGGGCAUCCCUGGACCAACACCGUUCCCUCAUUUUGGCAACAGCUUCUCAUUUUCUUUCUUCCACAAAUUCAAAGAAUGGAAACGACAGUAUGGAAGUAUAUAUGGGAUAUUUAUUGGAAGAACGCCAGCCUAUGUUAUAUCGGAUCUGGACAUUCUGAAGGAGGUGUUUGUCAAGAGUUUCAACACUUUCAGAAACCGGAUGAAAUUCCCAUUCGUGUCCUACCCAAUGAAUUUGGGCGUGUUUUUCUUGGACGAUGAGCACUGGCGGAGGGUAAGAAGCAUCAUAACACCGAGCUUCAGCAGCGGCAAACUGAGGAAGAUGUGCGCUGCCAUCAAUGAUUGCUCAAGCACUCUCACAAGUAACUUCUCUAAAGUCAUUGGGAAAAACGAAGGAGUGACCGUGAAAGACUACUUUGGAGCUUACACAAUGGACGUGAUUUCACGGACUGCGUUUGGUAUCAAAGUCGAUUCUCAGAACGAUUUCAACAAUGAAUUUGUCGCUAAUGCUAAGAUGAUGUUUACACAGUCAAAUCAGCGAACACUACUCGCAAUACUAGCACGCCUCUUUCCACCACUGGUGUGGGUUACCCGUAAGUUUGUGGGUGGAUUAUUUCCAAAUAGAUCCAUACACUUUUUUCAAGCAAACAUCUUGGAGAUGAUCAAACAACGACAGAACGACUCAAAGGAAAAUCGAGAGCAGAGAAUCGACUUCCUGCAACUCUUGGUGGACGCUGAGACAACGGACGAUACAGAUAAACAAGUAAACGGUCAUGCAGCCAAUGGGCAGGCUUCAGAGAAACACACAGUAAGACGCUUAACAACGGAUGAAAUAGUUGGCCAAGGGAUAUUGUUCUUCGUUGCUGGAUACGAAACAACGGCUUCCACGCUGACCUUUGCAUCGCACAGUCUAGCAAUGAACCCGGAUGCUCAGGAGAAGGCAUAUAAUGAAAUCAAAGAAAUGCUUGGAAAUGAGGAACCAAACUACGACAACAUUGGGAAACUGAAGUAUCUGGACAACGUCAUCACUGAGACGCUCAGACUCUACCCACCAGCUAUUGCAUUGCAUCGCAGAGCUUCUGAGAAUAUUCAGAUCAAAGGCCUGACAAUCUAUGAGGGUCAAACUGUCUUCGCGCCUGUAUUUGCACUACAGAGAGACCCUAAUCUGUUCAAGGAUCCACAUUCCUUCAAACCUGAAAGACACGAUGAAAAAUCAAACCCACUGUCCUUCUUGGCGUUCGGAUACGGUCCAAGAAUCUGUAUUGGGAUGCGUCUGGCUCUGGUUGAGGCUAAAAUAGCCCUGGUUCAUGUUCUGAGAGCUGUGAAGUUUGAACGUAUGCAGGAUACACAGGAAGUACUGACGUUUAAUACGUCCAACCUUCUUCAACCAGAAAAGGACAUCAAGCUGAAAGUAUCUGCAAGAUGCUGAGUAAGAGGCACCAGCAGUUCUGUUAUGAUAGCAACGGAGGGAAAACUAUUGUACAAUAUUGUCUCAUGAUUCAGCCCUUGAUGGGAGAUGUGGGUGCAGAGAGACAGGCCGACGGACUAACAGACAGACAAUGUGUUGUUCCAAAUGAUCUGUCUCCAUUUGAAUGACAUGUACAUCGUUGUAUGCAUUGUAUGUAUAACAUACAUGGUAUACUAUCCCACAAAAAAGAAACGCAUAGGCCAGAAAUCUGUUGCGAAAAUGUUGUAUUUUCAAACUCGUCCACAAAUAGACUUUAGUGCAUGAAUUUUUGCAUCAGUUUAGAAGAAGCCAAUGUCUAUACAACCAAUUGGAUAAUUUUAGAUAACGGAGACGCUGAGCGCCAUUGCGACAACGUCGGGUCUACUGGCUCUCAACCUGUUACGUACAGUUGGACCUGAUAUCCACCGAAGUCCAGGCACCCUGGCUGCUGUGCUCUCACCUGUGGCAGUACGAUCACGCAAAUGUAGUACCCGGAUGUACCGAUCUUGGGCUGCAGUGGUGACUCGAGGUCUGCCUGUACGGGGACGGU